AUGCUGCCAGGGUCCCUGAAGAGGGAAGACACGCGGAAAGAGGUAAAAACCAUUUUGCUUUUAUUUUGCAUUCAACAAGCAAAUUAUUAUGGAACAGCAGUUAUAGGCCAGGCAUACCUCCCAGAGCUGGGAAUACAGUGGGGACCUCCCUGGCUCUCUCUUACCUGUGUUACAACAGGUCGUAGACAGACCCCUGUCUUGAGCAUCCUCCUCGUCAGGCCUGUUGAGUCUUCUGAGAGUAGGGUAGGUUACUGGAUGCCUAGGAGGGAAGAAGGAGCCAGGGAGGCCGGCCCCAAGGUUCUGCAAGGCCCUCAACAGGCCUGGACUGAGGAGGUCUGGACAGCAUGGCCCUGUCCUGAGCCUCUGUGCAUAAUAACUGCUGUCCCUAACCUCCACCCCACCCUCAGCCUUCCAGUUCCCGGGCCUGGGGCCCUACUCCUGUGCUCCAGAGACUCCUGGAGCUCCUUGAGGCAGCACACAGCCCUGCUCUGGAGUCACUCAUCUCCCACUCAUGCUGGGAUGCUCCAGCCUGGCCCAGAGCAGGGUGUGGCUGGAGGGUGCCGGCAGAGGAGGGAUGAUGGUCCAGCUCCUGGAGGCAAGUGUUGGCUGCAGGAAACAGAGUCUAUUCCGUCCCACAGCCCUUGUUACCCCUUAGGUAACCUUAAGGGGAUUUCAGAGAACACUGGUCCUACAACCCUGCAAAGUUUUUUAUGGAACAUGUAAAAUAGAUCCCAUGGUCAAAGAAGUAUGGGCAAUGUAUGAUACUAUACUCUAAUCUCCAUAUCUAGAGAUUAAUGGUGUAGAUAGAGUUUCCUAAAAGGUUUUUAAAGCCCUGCAGUAAAGAAUCUUACUUAAGCCGGGUGCGGUGGCUCACGCCCGUAAUCUCAACACUUUGGGAGGUCAAGUUGGGGGGA